AUGGAUACAGACGUAGCGGACGUUUCGUGUCAACUGCACAAUGUGCAGUUCUACAAUUUAUUGCCACGCGCAAUCGUGUGCUCAUCGUUCGGUCAGGCACAGAAGAAGCUGGCACUAGCAAGGGAUGAUGGCUCGAUCGAAAUUUGGAACAUGGCAAAUGCCCAGUUCUUGGAAAAGACGAUACCCGGUGGCAAAGAAAUAUCGAUUGAAGGGCUCGCCUGGGCCGGUAAACGCCUGUUUUCCGUCAGUCUCGCCGGAACGCUGAUCGAGUGGGACCUUGCCAAGGUACCGUAUGCAAAGCAAACGAUGCUGGUAACGGGUAAUGCGGCCUGGUGCGUUGACGUUAGCAAAGACGAGCGUAUGCUUGCCGUCGGAACCGAGGGUGGCUACAUCAAUGUGUACCGGUUGGAUAACGAUGAGGUCCUGUACGAGCGCAUUCUAGACAAGCAGGAAGGACGCAUUGUGUGUUGCAAUUUCGACUACACGGGCAACUUCCUGGUGACUGGUUCGGCCGAUGCCGUGCGCGUUUGGGACGUACGCAACGGACAUGCCGUACACAAGAUGAAAACGGGCCGCAGCAACAGCAAACAGGAGACAACCGUGUGGGCGGUGUUGGUGCUGAAAGAUUUCACCAUCGUGUCGGCCGAUUCGCGCGGCAAGCUGGUUGUGUACGACGGGCAGCUUGGCACCGUACUAGAACAGCACACCGUGUCGACGGGCGAUCUGUUGUGUCUGACCCAGAAUGAGGAAAAAAACGUGAUCUUCGUCGCUGGCGUUGAACCUACGAUUCGUGUGUUUGAGCGUUUGAAAAGGAAGGACGAGAGUGGGGAUAAAAUGUUCGUGCGAUCUUACCAACGGCGAGGCCACACGCAUGACAUCAAAACGCUGACCUAUAGCGGACAGUAUCUGUAUUCGGGCGGGCUGGAUGGAUCGCUUAUUGUUACGGGUACGCAAAUUAGCAUGCUGUAUGUUCACUAUCCGUUGCUACCUUCGCCGGCUUCCAUGUUGGCCACCAGCAGUCGAUUGGUGUUGUUGAAGUACGUUAACUACUUGGAGGUUUGGACGCUGGCACCGCCCGACAAGCCAGCGCAGGGCGGGAACAAAGUGUUACAGAUUCGUAGCAAAAACGACGAACACAUUCUCUGUGCGGCGAUCUCUCCUAACGGGCGGUGGAUCGUUUAUUCGACCGAGUACACAGUUCGACUGUUCCGGUUUGAUUGCAACCGCAAUGAACCAGCCAGCUCGCAGCUGCUGCGCGUAGAAAACAUUCCCGAGCAUUUAGCGGUUUGCUAUCGGGUUGACUUUACGCACGAUUUCAACGGGCUGUUCGUGUACGAUCGUGCCGGUGGCGAUGGUACGAUCCACUACUUUAGCUGUACGGCCGAUGAAAAUGAGGAGUGGGACCACAAGCAGUCGAUAAAUGCGGGACGUUGGUUGUCGGAGACGGUGCAUCUAUCGGCCGUAUCGAACUGCAACCGGUAUCUGGUGUGUGCCGAUGUGGCUAGCUCGAUCGUAGUGUUCGAGCGUGCGGACAACACUACCAAGUGGAAACGUUCUAUUUCGCUGCCCCGCUACAAACUACCACCGACGGCUAUUGCCAUCCAACCGGACCGGACGCGGCUUGCCGUGGCAUUUUCCGACCACAAACUGUUCGUGUACGAUUUCGAUCAGUUUGCGUUCGUGUUUUCGACCUACCUUAAUCUACCAGCCACCAUCUACCCGGUAAAUGGAAUUGCCUUCGAUCCGCGCCACGAAUCAGCGAUGGUACUGCAGAAUGGUUCGCAAAUAGUGUCGCUCAGGUUUGGUCCCGACGUAGAGAAAGAACUGGAAGAACAGGAGGAGGAAUGCAAUCCUUCCAAAAAAAAGCGCCCCAUCCAAAACGGCACGUUGAAUGGGGAGGGAAGUUUAACGAAAUGCAAACUGCGCUUAGUACUGGACGCACCUCGGCUGGUUUCGAUCGGGUGGCUGGACACCAAUGAGCUGGUGGCGACACAAGCGAAUGCACUUUCGAUGGUUGAACACUUACCGGCAGCGUUCCGCAAGAAGUUAUACGGAAAGAUGUAA